UCAGCUUGAAUCUUCAAGUAGCUCAUCUCAACUCAUUCAACAAUCAAUUGACAACCAAAAUUAACAAAAUGAAUUUCACAAAGCUUUUCGUUGUUUUCACUAUUCUUAUUGUGGCGUUCUCUGGUCAAAGUGAAGCUGGUUGGUGGAAGAGAGUCUUCAAGCCAGUGGAACGACUUGGUCAACGAGUUCGUGAUGCUGGUAUUCAAGGACUCCAAAUUGCACAACAAGGAGCCAAUGUUUUGGCAACGGUUCGCGGUGGACCGCCCCAACAAGGAUAACUGGAAUGAAGAGUGCAAUUAAUUUUUUCGAAUUUGUAUUAAUUUAUGAUAUUUAAUUUAUUUAUUGGAAAGUGUGAGAGAGAAAAAGUUUGGAAAAUAAACGUUGGUGUGAUUUGUGAAAACGA